CGCUGGGCGGAGCGAGCGCGGCGCUGUCUCCGAGACGGGCUGCGCGUGUUGGGGGUGCGAACAGCAGCGCCUCCUGCCCGCGGCUCUGAGGCCAGCCCAGCCAGAGCAGAUGGGGGCCUGGUGGCAGGUCUGUCUCCUCGCCAUCCCAUUGGCCCUGCCCACGGACCUUGGGUACCCGGAGCAAAACGGGGGCUGGCUGACAAACAAGUACUUGGCUCCGAUGGAAGAAGAGCACUGCACGGUGGAGAGGAGAGACGCUUCCCUGACCUACUCCCAGUUCAUAGACCAAUAUGCCUUUUCCAGGCCUGUUGUUAUCCAGGGCAUCACGGACAACUCGGAAUUCCAGGCGCACUGCACAAGGGACCAGCUGCUGGCAGAGUUCGGGGACCGCCUGGUGCGUCUCAGCACUGCCAACACCUAUUCCUACCGCAAAGUGGACGUGCCAUUCCAGGAGUACGUGGAGCACCUGCUGGAGCCUCAGGAUCUGGCAUCCCUGGGCAGUGACACGCUCUAUUUCUUUGGGGACAAUAACUUCACCGAGUGGGGCUCCCUCUUCCAGCAAUACAGGCCGCCUCCAUUCCGGAUUCCAGGCACCAGCGGGGCCUACAGCUUUGGGAUCGCUGGCUCCGGUUCUGGGGUUCCCUUUCACUGGCACGGCCCAGGGUACUCAGAAGUGAUCUACGGCAGGAAGCGCUGGUUUCUGUAUCCCCCGGAGAAAACCCCCGAGUUUCACCCCAAUAAGACAACACUGUCCUGGCUGCUGGACACAUACCCGUUCCUGCCGCCGGAGGACCGUCCUGUGGAGUGCACCAUUCAUCCAGGCGAGGUCCUGUAUUUCCCUGACCGCUGGUGGCACGCCACCCUCAAUUUGGACACCAGUGUCUUCAUCUCCACCUUCCUGGGGUAACAGCUCAGGGCUUUGCUCGCUUGACAUUCCUGGUGGUUCUCUGGGAGCUGAAUUGUCACAUCUGUCCUGCUACAACUGGAGCUAAAAGCCCAGACCCCCUGCUGGUGGAUUAUCGCCUCCCUCCCCACAAGAACCCUGCACCAAUGGGCAGAGCCAUGCCUGAGAGCAGCUGACCCUGGAAGAGUCCAUCUAAUUCAUCACAGAUUUAUCCUGCUCUGUGUGGACACCACCCCCAUUCGGUGGCUGAGCAGCUGCUGGGCUUGAGUUGAAGGGGGAACCGGACUCCCAUGCAGGGAGGAGCUUCCAGCAGCUGGUGGACUUUGUUGGACUCCCUUUCGGUUCCUCUCUGCAGCUCAGACACAGUUCAGCUUCUUCUCCAUGGACAGCUCUUCCCCUUGCUGGCCUCCUCUUCCUUCACAUCCUCUUUGUGUUUCUAACAGCUGAGGAAGAGAGUCCAUCGCAGAAGGCAGCUUCUGGCUCAACCCUGGGCUCUAGGCAGGAGCGAUAAUACUACAAAGACUCUUCUGUGAAUG